ACUGGCCCGAUAGGUUAAGAGACUGUAUUAAAAUUAAAAUCGAUGGAGAUUGCUGGUGCACGCAUGUUUCGUUCUACUCCCUACUCGUUUUAUUUGAAUUCUUAUAUACGAACACAAUAAAUAAAAUAAUGGAUGAAUUGUGGAUCAAAGAAGAGGUCAAUGAUGAAAUAUUAUUUGAGGUGGAUUCAAAAAAUGAUGGAAUUAAAAUUGAACAAGAAUUACAAUCAGAAUUAGUAAUAAAAAAUGAGAGUUAUGAUGGAAUGCUUGAAGAAACUUUAACUGAUUCAAAUCAUCAAGAAAAACAUAAACGAACACGGGAAAAAGUAUUUUCAUGCGAUGUUUGCGAGAAAAAAUUUAUUUGUGAACAAAGUUUAGUUGCACAUAAACGAUAUCAUACGGGACAACAAUUUUCAUGUGAUGUUUGUGAUAAAAAAUAUAACUAUGAACACACUUUAGAUGCCCAUAAACGAUUUCAUACGGGAGAAAAACUAUUUUCAUGUGAUGUUUGUGAGAAAAAAUUUAACUACCAACAGCGUUUAGUUACACAUAAACGAUUACAUACUGGAGAAAAACCAUUUUCAUGUGAUAUUUGUAAUAACAAGUUUAAUCGAAAAGAUGGUUUAGUUCAACAUAAACGAACACAUACGGGAGAAAAAUCAUUUUCAUGUGAUAUGUGUGAGAAAAAAUUUAAUAGAAAAAAUGAUUUAGUUCAACAUAAUCGAACACAUACAGGGGAAAAACCAUUUUCAUGCGAUGUUUGUGAUAAAAAUUUUAGUGUCCAACAUGCUUUAGUUCGACAUAAACGAUUACAUACCGGAGAAAAACCAUUUUCAUGUGGUGUUUGUGGGAAAAAAUUUAGCAUUCAACAUAAUUUAGUUGUACAUACACGAUUACAUAGUGGAGAAAAAUCAUUUAUAUGUGAAGUUUGUGAAAAAAAUUUUGCCACUAAACGCGAAUUAUUUGUACAUAAACGAACACAUACAGGGGAAAAACCAUUUUCAUGUGAUGUUUGUGAAAAAAAAUUUAGUGCCCAACAAAAUUUGAUUGUUCAUAAACGAUUACAUAGUGGAGAAAAACCAUUCGCUUGUGAUAUUUGUGAAAAAAAAUAUACUAAUAAAAGCGAAUUAUUUAUACACAAACGAACACAUACUGGUAAGGAACCAUUUUCAUGUGAUAUUUGUGAGAAAAAAUUUAACUACCAACAAAGUUUAGUUCGACAUAAACGAACACAUACGGGAGAAAAACCAUUUUCAUGUGAUGUUUGUGAGGAAAAAUUUCGAUACCAACAUAUUUUAGUUAAACAUAAACGAUUACAUGUUGGGGUAGAAACCAUUUUCAUGUAA